AUGUGGCGAUGGAUGACCCCGAUAAAGAAGAAGCAUCCCUCCACUCACGAUGUGUUUGUUGGCAACUGGGAGCCCACGAAGAACAACACUCUAUCUAAAAGGCUAUCGGGUUUCAAAGCCACCAUGAACGUUCUCUACCGGAACCAAAUUUGUGGGCAAGGUUUUAUCGAUGAUAUGGACAACAUGAUAUCACACUACUAUCUGAGAGUUCUUGAGGAACUGAGGGAUGCAGUAGUUCAUUGGGGUUCUGAUGGUGAUUUCUUGUGUCUGCUGUUGUUUGUUGUCAUUUUGAUUGUUGUUGAUAUUGCAAAUUGUAUGGUGGGAUUUUGGGAAUUGUGGUCAUUGGUGUUAACCCCAAUUACAAAAAAUGGCGCUCCCGAAAUCCAAGCUACUUUCCCGCCACCACAACCAUGCCCAAACCCCAACACAAUCUCCUACUACUUCCACCUCCUCCAGUCCUCCCCCUCCCCUCGCCACCUCCGCCACCUCCACGGCCGCCUUCUCCGCCUCAACCUCCUCCUCUCGUACCCCCUCCUCUCCACCAAGCUCCUCCUCUCCUACUCCAAACCCCACAACGUCAUCCUCUCCUCCCUCUCCCUCUUCCUCCACUCCAUCCCCAACCCCAACUCCUUCACCUUCAACACCCUCAUCUCCGAGCUCUCUCGCCAUUCCCUCCCCCUCAAAUCCCUCUCUUUCUUCCUCUCCAUGCACUCUCAUGGCGACCUCCGCAUCGACCACUUCACCAUUCCCCCCGUCCUCCGCUCCUGCAUCUCGAUCCGAUCCCUUUCUGCCGGCGUGGCGAUCCACGGGCUGUCGGUGAAGUUGGGUCUUGAUCGGAAUCUAUUUGUUGGGUCGGCAUUGGUUUUGUUUUAUAAUGCAUUUUCGCAUGCAAAGGAUGCCCGGAAGGCAUUCUACGAAACUCCUGAUAGGGAUUAUGUCUUGUGGACGUCGAUGGUUUCUGGGUAUGCACAGAAUGGGGAGGCAGAGCUGGCCUUGAGAGUGUUUAGAGAGAUGGUGAGAGAUGGGAUUGAGGGUGACAUUGUGGCGGCGGUGAGCUUGUUGUUGGCAUGCGGGCAGUUAGGUUCGCUUAGACAUGGGAGGAGCGUGCAUGGGUUUUGUGUUAGGAGGCAGUUUGGGCUCCCGUUGAGUUUGGGGAAUGCGGUUGUGGAUAUGUAUGUGAAGUGCGGGGCGUUUGGUUAUGCGGAGAGGGUGUUUGGUAGGAUGCCCAUUAGGGAUGUGAUCUCGUGGAGCGCUUUGAUUCUCGGCCAUGGAAUGAAUGGCCGUGCAGAUGAUGCUUUCGAGCUCUUCCAAAGGAUGCAACGAGAAGCAGUGAUGCCAAAUUCGGUUACAUUUCUUGGUGUGUUAUCUGCUUGUGUGCACUCGGGGAUGGUAGACAAGGCAUGGGAGUUCUUUCAUAUGAUGAAAAAGUAUAAAGUUGAACCUGAGCUGAAGCAUUAUGCUUGUAUUGUCGAUGCUUUGGGGAGGUCUGGGCAAAUUGUGGAGGCAGAGGAAUUUCUGGGGAAGAUGCCUAUGGAGCCCGAUGAGGCCAUUUUGGGAGCUUUACUAUCAGGAUGUCGUGUGCAUGGCAAUAUUGAUGUAGGUGAUAGAGUUGCACGGAAAUUGAUGGCGAUGAGGCCGGAUAAGAGUGGUUACUAUACGAUCUUGGCUAACAUGUAUUCGGAUGUAGGCAGGUAUGAGGAGGCUGAUAAAAUUAGGGGUUUGAUGAAGAGAUUGAAUGUAGGUAAGCUACCUGGCUGUAGCUUGAUUGAAUUGGAUGAGUUUUCAUCUCCAACACAUUUGGCAUAGAUGAUUCAGGAUGAGAUAGAAUUAUUUAGACUUGUAACCUCAAGGAUAGCCAUCAAGUGCAACAGUUGUUGAUAGUCCACAUUGAGGCAAAUUUCGACUUAAAAGGAAAACCUGAAAGACAAACUUGACAGCAAAUGGAACGAAGCAUCAAUAAGUGAAAUGGAGAGAAUAUGUACCAUAGAUGUUGGGGAGAUUUUUUUUUUCUUUUUUCCUUUUUUUUCACAACAGAUGAUUUGAGCUUCAGCAUGGUUGAUAAAGGGGUCAUGAAAAAAAAUGAACUUAAGAGACUUGUGCGUCUUUAUUUUGAUUGAAUUGGAUUGGAUGAGUUUACACCCCCUGCUCGAUUGGUAUGGAAACAUUGAGUUAUCUACCUUGGCGACCGACAAGAAUAAUGGGUCAAAUUUAGCAAUCUCUGACCUGGACUGUGAAUUGAGGCAAAUUUUGGCUUAAAAGACAAAUGCAAAGACACUGUUUAUAAAGAACAGACGAAUCAUCAGCAGAUGAAAAGGAAAAAAAAAGGGUCUAGUGAUGCAUAGGAUCUGAUGUGGCUCUUAAUAGAGUACGUUUGAGAUGGUGGACAGGAUUGUACCAUGAUACGUGAUAGAAGAUUUUAUACGACAGAAAGUUGGGCUCUACAACAUUUCCGCUUUAAAAGAAAUGCUUUGCUCCUUGCUAAUGACCAAAUGCAGUUGAAGUCAUAGCGACCGCAAGGAUGAUCACUUCGGCUACUUCUUAUAGUAAGUGGAGGUUGAGAACGAUCUUAGGUCGAUGAUCUAAAAUCAGCAAGCAAAGAGGAUUGAAAAUUUAAAAUCAGAGUUGCCAGGAUGCUGAAUUUUGGAAUGGAGCAGGUUACUUUAUAUCUAAAUACUUGUAUCCUACGUUCUGACAUGAUCGUCUGUGUCUAGGGACUGUCAGAAGACAGUAACAUAUUAGAUCAUCGCAAGAUGUCGG